CGGCUGAUCGCGGCCGGCGCGCUGGGGGUGGUCAUGGUGCUGCUGCUGGUCAUCCUGAUCCCGGUGCUGGUCAGCUCGGCCGGCACGUCGGCGCACUACGAGAUGCUGGGCACCUGCCGCAUGGUGUGCGACCCCUACGGUGGCACCAAGGUGCCCAGUACGGCGGCCACGCCCGACCGCGGCCUCAUGCAGUCGUUGCCCACCUUCAUCCAGGGCCCCAAGGGCGAGGCCGGCCGGCCGGGCAAGGCCGGCCCGCGAGGGCCUCCGGGGGAGCCCGGCCCGCCGGGGCCCGUCGGCCCGCCGGGUGAAAAGGGCGAGCCGGGGCGCCAGGGCCUGCCGGGCCCGCCAGGGGCUCCAGGCCUGAACGCGGCCGGUGCCAUCAGCGCCGCAACCUACAGCACCGUGCCCAAGAUCGCCUUCUACGCGGGCCUCAAGCGGCAGCACGAGGGCUACGAGGUGCUCAAGUUCGACGACGUGGUCACCAACCUGGGCAACCACUACGACCCCACCACGGGCAAGUUCACCUGCUCCAUCCCCGGCAUCUACUUCUUCACCUACCACGUGCUCAUGCGCGGCGGCGACGGCACCAGCAUGUGGGCCGAUCUCUGCAAGAACAACCAGGUCCGAGCUAGUGCAAUCGCUCAAGAUGCAGAUCAAAACUACGAUUAUGCCAGUAACAGCGUAGUUCUACAUUUGGAGCCAGGAGAUGAGGUCUACAUAAAAUUAGAUGGCGGAAAAGCGCAUGGAGGAAAUAACAACAAAUACAGCACAUUUUCUGGAUUUAUAAUUUAUGCCGACUGA